AUGUCUGAUGAUGAGAAUGAUGUACCUGCUAUAAAGAAACAGAGGAUAUAUUUUGGGAGCCUUGAGGAGACGAUUAGAGAGUUGGAAAAAGAGCAUCUGAAAAAAUCUGAAAAUCAACAAAAUAUCAAUGUUUCUGAUGGUAGUAAAAUUGAUUUAUAUUAUUGGUAUAAUUUAUGAAAUAAUAAUAAUUAUAUAGAAUCAAACUCAGUAUAAUCUAUUAUAGAUAUGUUGUCAGUUUAAGAAUGAUUCUCUUUUUGAUGAGUGAUGCAUAAUAAUUAUAUAGUGAUUGCAUAGAUUAGAUUAAUAAUAGAUGGUAUAGAAAUUUAAGCUACCUGGAAAAACAUCUACAUUUCACAUGUUACUAACAUCCAGACAAAAUGCCUUUGUUCGAAAUGUUGAAGUUCUUUUGUGUUUUCAGGUCCUUUAUACGAAAAAUUCCUAUAGGAUUAUGCCUAUAGGAAAUCCUGUAUAUUGCGAUUUCCCAGCAAAAGACAAAUUGCCCUCCUCUCAAAGUCAAGGCCGGUUUCGAUUACAUCCGCUUUGCCCGCACAGGCGAAGUGGACAGUAUUGAGCAUUCAGUUGCACAUACAUGCUUUGAAAGUUGAAGUCAGCUGCUCGCAGUCACGUCAUAAUUUUACAGUGCAUGCAGCGCAAGCAUAGGCAAAGCAUACGUAAUGGAAACCAUCAAUUUCUAUACCUUUGUUUCUCAUUACUUAUGCCCAUGAAAAGCUAUUGUUUGAAAUGCUGACAUAAAAUAUUUUAUGCUAUAUAUUGUAGGACAACGGCUAGAGCUAUCUGAAGAUAGAAACACUGAGAGAAAUCAAAAACUGCUUGCUGAUUUUGAAAAGAGGAAAAAAGUAAAUAUUGAUAUCAUGAUCAUAUGUGAUGCCACUUUUACUGUUUUGUAAUUACUUAAUUUUGCAAUGAUAGGCUCGAACAGUUGUGGUGCCAACAAAUGAUGCUGAAGUUAAAGCCAGAUUGAGGGAACUUGAACAGCCUAUUUGUAAGUAUUAACUCAGACAGCCUGUGCCAGUGUAGGUAGUGAUAUAAUACUAGUAACACCAGAAAGUUUCAGACUGAGAAGGAAUCGCCGAAUUGACUGCCUGAAAAAUACAAGUCAGGCCUCGAAUUUCCCUGAAAUCAAUCAAUGGCAAUGGUGUUAAAAAUUGCCGUAGAACGUAACAGCUGUCUACGGCAAUUUGGGCAUGAGUUUCCACUGCAUUUUUUCAGGUUACUGUAAUAAAAAUUUAAUUUUAUUGUUACUUUGGAUUGUUGACAAGCUAGAAACAUGUUUACGUAUUUCUUUAGUGUUUGUUUUUUCAAAGAAAAAUGAGACUAAAAUAGUAAUUUACGCAUGAUUUGAUCAACAUCUGAAUUCAAGUAUCAAAAUAGUAAUGCACAGUGAAUAGAAUAAAAAUUACACUAUAUGGCAAAAAUUGCAGUCGUUGCCGCAAUGAUCCACAGCAUUUUGUUCUCCCUCUACGGCAAUUGCCAUGAUAAAAUUCAAGCCCUGAUAUUCGCUGUCUAUUUGUAAGUAUGACUGCUUAGAGUUUUACUGUUUAAGCCGUUAGAGCUGCACAAGAUUCUCUCCCUUUAUAAGUAAAAUCAUAUGGCUUUAAACAGAGUAAAAUAACAAAGUUAUACAAGCUUUAAUUGGGGCACUUUGUAGUUCAAUAAAUAGGUUAAGAAAAUGCAUUCCUAAUAUAUUUAAAAUCUGCUCAUAGGUUUAUUUGGUGAAGGCCCAGCAGAAAGACGUGACAGGUUGAGAAAGCUUGUGGCAGAAUUUGGUAAUGAUAAAUUAAUGAAAUUACACAAUAGAAUUACUCUAGCAAAAUGAUAAAUUAAUGAAAUUACAAAUUAGAAUUACUCUUAAUAGCAAAAUGUAAUGUAAACAAUAUUUGUUUUUCCCUAAAGGAGGUGGGCUUGAGAAAGAACAAGAAUCAGAUGUGAAACAAGAGAAAAAGGUUAGAUUAGCUGAUCUGCAUGGAACUCCUUAUCACUCCUAUUUGUUAUCAUGGCAUUGUCUUUUGAAUUGGUUGCUUAACCCAUUGAAGAGCAGCAGCGCUCUCCCCUUGACAAGUAAAAUUGUCUGGUGUUAGACAGUCAAGUAAAAUCAUCUGGUUUUAGACAGAGCAAAAUUGUCUGGUGUUAUACAGAGUAAAAUCAUCUGGUAUUAGACAGUUGAGGAAAAUCGUUUGUAAGAGAGUAAAAUAGUCUGGCAUACGUUAGACAGAAUAAAAUCUGGCAACAUAGUAAAAUAAUAUUUAAAGUUGGUGCAUUUACUAGGUUGCAAUGCAUGGUGCAAUUAUGUAACUUUAAGGGUAAAAUUAUUUUGCAAAACAAUAGUUUUCAGUUUAGAAGGAAUUAUUUUAACACACUAAGACAUUGAAAUGAAUAUAACUGGAAUGCUACUGGUAGGAUGAAGAAGUGCAAGAAGUCUGGUACCAUGAAGGUCCUCCUGAACUCAAAGUCUCCAGAAUGUGGAUUGCAAAUUUCUCAUUGCCAAGGUGACUAAGACUAUGAAAAGUUAAUGAACAAUUAAUGCUUAAAUGCUCUUGGAGUUAGACAGAAUAUAAAAUAUGUUGCAUUGUCUUAAAAAGAGCAAAUGAAAGGUUAAAAAAGGCUCGAGUACUACAAGCAAGACCUGAUGCUGAAAAAGCAGCAAGAACUCAAGAACUUCAUAAAAAGUUACGGGUAAGUUAGUACAGUUGUAUUUAAUAAAAGACUCUUUUCUAAAUAGUUACGUGAUUGAAUAUCACUAGUUUUAUUUAUCAGAAAGACUUUCCCUUUGAACAAGAAAAUAUCCUGGCCUUGGACUAAAGUAAGGGUUUCAUUGUGUUGUUGCUACAUGACUUGCUGUUAAUGUUUUAUUCUCGUAGGCUCUGGUAAAUUCUUGUAGUCAAAUUGGAGAUGAUCGUCCACUGUCGUACUGUCAAUUCUCACCCGAUUCAAAAAUGUUGGCAACUUGCUCAUGGUACAAUAUAAUACAUUAUUUGACUGUAACACACAAUUUUGCAUAUGUAUUACAUCAUUCAAUUAUUUUGUAGGAGUGGAUUGUGUAAAUUAUGGUCAGUACCAGACUGCUCAUUGAUCAGAACAUUACGAGGUCAUAAUUCCAGAGUUGGUGGUAUAGUAUUUCAUCCCCAGGCCACGGUUUCCUUGGAAACCAGUGCGCCGUGUAUGGCAUCAUGUGGUGCUGAUGGUGACGUCAGAUUGUGGAAUAUGGAAUCGUAAGUAACCAUUUAGUUUUCACAUUUUACUGACUUCAUGAUGGUAUUUGUCUCAUGUUUUACAAUUUUAUUUCAACCCAAGGGAAACUCCAAUUGCCAAUAUAGAGGGUCAUGAUAAACGAGUAUCACGCAUCGCGUAUCAUCCUUCUGGACGAUUCCUUGCUACUUGCUGGUCAGUCAAACACUUCAAACUAAAACAACAUCAGCUAUGUUUAUUUUCGUUUUCCAAUUCAAAACUUAGAGUCUUAGCACAGUAGAAUUCACAUGCCUAUAUAUUGUUUUAGUUUUGAUUAUUCCUGGAGGCUGUGGGACUUAGAUCAACUUAAAGAAGUGUUACAUCAGGUGAGGACGUAGACUCAAACUGCAAGCACUCUUCUCUCGUGUGGCUAAGUUGUAAUUAUAGCAACGACUUGUGAGCGACAGUAAUGUAUGUAAAAUAGCAACUUGAUAAAGUUACAACAUUGUUGAAAAGCUUGCUACAAGCCUGUUGUGAACAAAUAUUCUCGACAAGAUGUGAGAUUUUUACGUGUGCAGUAAUGGAUUACACUUGCUGGAUCCCUAGAGAAGGCAGUUUAAGAGAGAUGCGAUAGAGCUAUUCUGACCAUGGGCUUAGACUGAGGCCCGUCCACUCAUUAUUUGGACGUGUAUUUUGGGGCAAAAAAGUUAAAGUAUUUUGUCUUUAGUAAUUAGUACGACCGCACAAGCUUACAUAUUGCUAUAACUGACAUCACAUUCAACAGUCACUGUUCAUCCCUGCACCACUCCUACACAUACAUCCACAAGUAAAUUCCCUGUGUAUUUGCGAAAUAUUUAGUAUAUUAAGCCGAUUUUAAUAAAAACUUCGGCGAUUAUGUCAGUGAGGUCAACCAUGCUGUUUGUUCUUCAGUUUUGAGCGCACAAGUUUUACACGUGUUCUUUUGUCUGCUAAGCAUCACGUUUUUAGAAGAUAAAGAUCUGAUUUCAAAUUUAUUCUAAGAGAAACACGAUGUUUUGGGGGGAGGGGGGGGGGGGCAGAACUGGCCCAGCGCUUUUGGAUGGGUAGAUUGCUAAUCCUGGCAGGUCCCUGAUUGUGACUAAAUUGUACUUCCUAAUUAUAGGAGGGUCACUCUCGUGAGGUUUAUCACAUUGCUUUUCACCCUGAUGGAUCACUCACUGGAACUUGGUAAGAUUACCAGAUUUUACUUUAAAAUUCCUUAUUUUUUUAAUCUUAUUUAUACGUCGUUUUCCUACAGUGGUUUAGAUGCGCGUGGUUUGGUGUGGGACUUACGGACGGGGCAAUGUGUGAUGCCUUUGGAUGGUCACUUACAGAAAGUCUUGGCAAUAGAUUUCGCUCCUAAUGGGUAAUCUGAUAACGAGUGGUUUGAUAUUGUUCAACAAUUACGUAACUUAAUUGCCUUGUGUUAACCCAUUGAGCGCUGCAACCCUCUCUCCUUGACGAGUGAAAUCGUCUGGCGUUAGACAGAAUAAAAUAAUAAAGUAGGGCGUAAUGCAUACACCUCAAUGAGUUAACAAGAAGUUUGGUGCUAUUUAAAACACUUGCUUUAUCAGAUAAAGAUUAUAUCUGAUGAAGCACGGACUGCGAGUGUUUUAAAUGGCUUAAAAAGUGACCCAUCUAAUGAGUUCAUUGGCGAAGUAAUUUUAAAUAUAAACGUUGUCUAAGCCGAGAAAAUUAAAGCCAAAGUUUAUGUAAAUGAACAUGAUUUUUAUCACAUGUAAAACUACCGACACGGCAGUGAUUUCCUUUGUCUUUUCCUCAUGAAUUAUUAAUGCGUUUUUAAAUUUUAUUUAGUAAUCAUGUGGCUACAGGCAGUGAGGAUCAAAAAAUCAUGAUUUGGGAUUUACGGAAAAGAAAAGCAAUUUACACAAUUCCAGCGCACACGAAUCUCAUUUCGUUUGUUAAAUUUCACGGUAGGGACAUGACUGUAUGUUGUGUGGUAUUUAGGGACAUGACUGUAUGUUGUGUGGUAUUUAGGUACAUGACUGUAUGUUGUGUGGUAUUUAGGUACAUGACUGUAUGUUGACAUGUUGUGUGGUAUUUAAGUACUUGACUGUAUGUUGUGUGGUAUUUAGGUACAUGACUGUAUGUUGUGUGGUAUUUAGGUACAUGACUGUAUGUUGUGUGGUAUUUAGGUACAUGACUGUAUGUUGACAUGUUGUGUGGUAUUUAAGUACUUGACUGUAUGUUGUGUGGUAUUUAGGUACAUGACUGUAUGUUGUGUGGUAUUUAGGUACAUGACUGUAUGUUGACAUGUUGUGUGGUAUUUAAGUACUUGACUGUAUGUUGUGUGGUAUUUAGGUACAUGACUGUAUGUUGUGUGGUAUUUAGGUACAUGACUGUAUGUUGACAUGUUGUGUGGUAUUAUCAUCCUGGAUUAACAAGAGAGGACCCCUUAUUGGAUUUCUAGGGAGAGCAGUCUAGAAUUGAUAGAACUAUAGUUAGUUUACUGUGUUUCAUUUUUAACUUAUUAACAAUCCAUAUUUUUACAGAUCAAUAUUUGCUUUCUGGUUCAUAUGAUUGUAAAGUAAAAGUAAGUUAUCUCGAGUUAAUAUACAGUGUCUUUAUUAAAAAAAUUUUACGAUUUCUCAAAAUGUUUUUGAUUUCCCUCAGGUGUGGACCCACCCAGGUUGGAUUCCUUUAAAAACUCUGGCUGGUCAUGAACAGAAGGUGUCAUGUGUGGACAUUUCCUCAGGUAACAUUUUAUUCAUAUUGUAUACCUUUUAUCCAAAGGUAAACCCAACAAUUAGAGAGUUUAAGGAAGCGAGGUUUUUGAAAACACUGAACACAUCUAUUGUAAUUUCUGUCUAGACGGUCAGUAUAUCGCGUCAAGCUCCUUCGACAGAACAUUUAAACUUUGGUCAGCGGAGUAAUCUGAAUGUGUGACGACACCUGAGCAUCAUGGGUAUGGAGCUAAAUAUCUGUGGGGAAUCAUUCCUGGUAAAACUACAGUAAAACUUGUUGCAAAUAUUUAAAUAAGGUGUCUAGGCUUUCUUCUAAUUGCUUCGGAGAACAAUGCUACGGGUUGAUUGAAACAGCAACUGGCACAAGAGCCAACUUCUAUAUCUAGUUGAAAGGAAUGCGGGAGCCAAAUCUGUUUAAAGUUUAAAUUGAGACAGUGAACAUCUAGUUCGGCCAAAGGAAAAUAACGAACUGGCAUUUGCAUCAGUUUCAUGUGAUAACAAACAAAUUAAACUACGUGAUAUAACUACAUGAUAGCUGCGUAUGAUAACUACAUAAAACUACGUGAUAUGAUGUACACGUAGCCUGCGAAUGUUAUUAUUACAAUACAGAAAUUGAUAUAAUCUUGGUCAGUGACAGUACAGAACUUUGCCGUUCCGUCGGCCCUUCGUCGGGAGCGUCGGCCCUUCGUCGGAAGCGUCGGCCCUUCGUCGGAAGCGUCGGCCCUUCGUCGGAAGCGUCCGCGCUUCGUCGGGAGCGUCAACGCUGGAAACGUCGAGGAUCUGUUGUAUCUGUCACCGCAGCUGGGUUUUUUAUGCGGAAAUUCUGAGCGUUUGCCGACUGUGUACAUUGUCCUGCGGUAUUGUACAUACAUCUGUGAACAGCUGUUGUAAGCUAUGUGUUGGCAAUCUCGAAUUGAAUAAAAACAUUUUAACUUUUGAUUGUUACUCGGUAACUUUGAAGUAAUUUUAUAACCCACUCCUGACGUCAUCAAAACGAUAGUUAAUGAGGUUAAGAGUUCAUCCAAGAUGGCGGCGGACAGCUUGUUGCUUUCGGUCAAAAUAUUUCAAGAGUUCAACUUGAUCUGAAAAAUCUAUCUCAAAGUCAUUAUUGCUUUCUUUUGCUCACAUGAUAAUACUGAAUACCUGGUGAAGUAUAUUACUCCAGUCUAUCAAAAUAAAUUCAGUUCUUGGACUGGAUCAAAAUUAAUUCACCUCACUUUAAGUAGUGAUAUAUUCGUAUGAGAUGUCAUUUCAAAUCCUCCAUUGGACCAUUUGCAUUAUAGACUAAAUUUUGACAAAAAUUUCAUCACAGCUUGAAAGAGUAUCACAAAAUUAGUAAUAUUCCAAAGUUUCGUUGCGAAAUGUUGUAAAAUGCGGACAAUAUAGCCAUGCGAAGUUUGCCGUUUUUUCAGUCAUUUUGUAUUACGCAUGGGAAAUUGACAGCCCAAUCGGGUGUUGCGGCAUCAAUUUCCCAUUUGUAAUACAAAAUGACUGAAAAUUGCAAAUUUCGCAAGGCUAUAUUAUCCGCAUUUUACAACAUUUCGUAACGAAACUUUGGAAUAUUACUAAUUUUGUGAUGCUCUUUCAAGCUGUGAUGAAAUUUUUGUCUAGAUCAAAAUUUAGUCUAUAAUGCAAAUGGUCCAUUCGGACUGGUCCCUAGAUUUCAAAUCCUCGCAUUUUGAUCCAGUCCUCGGCUUCGCCUCGCACGUGAUCAAAUUGCGCGGACUUGAAAUCUAGUCCAGUCCUCAUAGUCGGAUUUGCAAUAUUACAUAACAAGAUUACGAAGAUAAUUUUAAACGUUCUUUCAAAUGAGACAAUAAGUUUUUUUGGUGCCAUUGUCAUUUAAACCACUAUUAAUUAUCGUAACUGGGGUUAAACUACAGUUUUGGGUUAACAAUGUAAACACUAGAUUUUAACACUUAAAUCAGUUAAUUGUAAAAUAUAUAAGCGAUUUAAUAUUGGGCUUUAUAUAAGCACCACUCGAAGGAAUGCAAAUGGUGAUUCCUGCUACAGACGAAAUUUUUAUCUGGACAAGAAGAACGAAAUCCAGUAGUCAUUACCAUAGCUGAAAAUGAGUAAAUUUGCCAAGUUUGGUUGCAAAUUGUUGUAAAAUGAGGAAAAUAUAGCCCUGUGAAGUUCGCAAAUUUCGUGUAUAUUUGCAUUACGCGCGGGAAAGAUAACCAUUUUUGAGCCGAAAGUGGUUAUUUUUCCCGCGCGAAAUACAAAUAUAUACAUAAUUUGCGAAAUUCACAGGGCUAUAUUUUCUUCAUUUUACAACAUUUAGCAACCAACCUUUGCAGUUUUACUCAUUCUAAGACGCUCUUUCUAGCUGUGGUGUUGGAUGCUGGCCUUGCUCAAAAUUUGGUAUAUAGCUGAAAUCACCCAUUGUCUUGACUUGUUACAAGAACUGUGGUAACAACUAGGCAUGUGAGUUACUUGGAAAUUGUGCCGGCAACGGUCAUGAAUAUUCGGUAAGCGGAAAAAGUAAAACAAUAGUCAAUAUUACAAUGUUAAAUGAAUCAACAAAGAUGUCGUUUCUUUUAUGAUGAAAAGUAAUUUGUUCUGGAUGACAUAUUCCGUUAAUCUCUUUUUCAAACAAACAUGACUUUUUACUAAAUAUUAUGAGCUUUCUGUCUUUUAAUGAUCCCAUAGUUACUGAAGCAUAUAUUGUAUAAUUUAUUCUGCAUAACAGCCAUGGCUUGUAAUACGAUUACGUGAUUAUUGCAAGCGAAACGCGUUUACUAAUGAAUUUUCACUAUUGUUGUAUUUAACUCAUUGUUAACAUUUUUAACCGUUUCCCAAAAAAAAACGCUUUUAAUUUUCUGUCAGUAAAACCAUGACCGUUGCUUAGCAUUGCAUUAAACGCAUUUUCGAAUUAUUGCCAUAAUUAGAUAAUCAAAGAUGGCGCGGAGGUGCCAAUCUCCUUAUCAAAUCCAUUUUUGAGACAGUGACAUGAUUGUGAAAUUGUCAAGCAAGACUAUAGACUAAUGACUUACUGCCUUAUCUCACUUUAGUCAUUGCGCACUUGGUCAGCGACACACCCUAAAACAAGACCAAAGUUCGAUCAACCCUCCCCACCUCCUUGCCAGCUCUGGCCAGAUCGAUCCCUGUUUUGAAGUAAGCCAACCUAUGCUACAUUACUUCAUCGUACUGACCACUCGCCGUCAUUUCGUGACCCCAAACACUGCACUAAUCAGUACUUUGACAUAUCCUUGUCGGAAAACUUACUUAGAACCUGUCUGGUGCACAUGGAUAUUUUUAACAAUGUGUCACUGGAUAAUAUCAUUUCUAGACAAUAUUUCAAACAUUAUUUGACAUUUCAAAUUACAGCAAAAACCUCGUGUUCUUGUAUAGGUUUGCAUGGCAAAAAGUUGGGGUUUUUUUUGUGAUAACUCUCUGUCGUAUAAGCUCAGAUCUUCACCAUCUUCAAAAUAAACUUGCAAACAUUUACAACUAAAAUUAUUGUUGAAGACGGUGUAAUGACAUGUUGAUGGGAAUAUUAGCUUGAAACACCUUUAGCGAGCCAUUAAAUCAAAACGUUAUAGUUUGUAUAUAGAAUUCAAUUUUAUGUCAUUUUGUUGGAAUAUAAAUAACGACAGCAUUAAACUAUAUGUUCACAUGUUAGUGUGUUUACAUGUUCGUUUUCUUCGCAUUUAUACAUAUUAUAGGUUCCCUUUUCCCCAGGUAAAACAGGAGAAAAAGCGCUUUUUUAUGGAUAAAAAGAUAGCCUUAUUAACUCUUAAGACAUCGUGUUCUCUGUCUCACUGCCCAUGCAGCUUGGAUAAAUAAUAAAGCAAAACUUAAGCCAGGCUUUUACUAAUUACCAUUUUACCUCCCCACACUUUUCAUAUAUAAAGGCAAUGUCUUAUCUGAAUCUUAUAUAACAAUGGCCCUAUGUCUAUGUAUUAUUAAUUUUUUUAAAUUUCAUUUUGUCGGUUCUUAUACUCGAACUCUAUUAAAUCUCUAAAAUGUUUCCCAUGAGACGAUUCCAAUAAUUUCAAUUCCCCUUACAUUGUCGUAACAAUAUUCAAUAGCCUUGUCUUCAUAUUAUUCGACAAUUUUUAAUAUAUUUCAUUUUUAGCAUAGUUGUCUUUUUAAAAGCAUCGUCGAAGUGCUGAAUGUCUAUUAAAGUGCUCAAAACGAAACCUAGAUCCGGCCUAGUUUCUCAAUUCCUGUAAAUUUAGGUUCCAAUAAUUUCAUUUCCCUUACAAUAGCUUUGUCUCAAACAAAUUUUAAUAUAUCGACGAUUGCAUUGUAGCAUGCUUGCCUUUUCACAGCAAUGCCUAGAAAAGCUUGAACACGCGAAGAAAAAUCAUAAAAUUUUCACUGCCAAUACGCCGCGAAAUAUUUCCUUCGAAAUGCUUUGAAAUAAAUGAGAGUAAAGCUUGUUUCGGCUCAUGUUUCGUCAAGACAAUACGACCUAUUACAGAUGUUUUUACGAAGUGUUUACAAUUCCAAAAUAAAUAUGCAUUUUGAAUCUUAUAUUGGCAUAUAACUGGUCAUCCCUGAGUGACUUUGUGAGCUCAUAUGACUUUAACCAGAACAGAUUCAAACUUGUGCUCAAAAUUUUGCCUUAAUAUAAUAGUGGCCCUGAAAUACGGAGCGAACAAAUCAUAGUUUAUUCCGCUAAACGAUGUACUCGCUCAUCGUGAAUAUUACGUAAACGGGUCGAAAUUAGCUUACAGAUACCGGUAACGUUUAUGCAUAUUAAACAUGCUGCGAGUGGCUUGCCAUUAUUUUAGUGGAUGUCUUGAAAUUAGCAUACGUUGUGAAAAGCUAUAGAAAAUGUCGACGAAAAGUGUCCCGUGUUAAAAUGUCCAGAAUUGAGCAUACGCCGUGAGGAUGUCGUUAUGGAAGACUUAGGUGAAAAACGGAGGCAAUUUACCGAGUGUUUAAGAGUAAAUUUGAGUUUAUAAUGUAAUAUUGCGACUCCAAAAAGGCCAAAGGCAGAUGGCCACUGCGGACGAUGUUGCUGAAUUUGAGGCGAAUACGAAAACUCUCGAAGCAAGAAGAGCGCGUGAAAGUUUAGUGAUAUCCAGACAAGGCAACUACUCGCUAUUUUGCCUCUCUGAGCAAAACUGUGUACGACGUGCUGCGACUGUGAUCGUCGAGUCGAGAUAUCCUUUAUAUAUAUACAUAUAUAUAAUCUUCAAUGCAAUGUUGUACAGUCAGACUAGAGCCUCAAAGAGUUUGUCUUUUAAAUAUUUUAUGCGUCAUAGUUAUAGAUAGUGUAUAAUAGGAAUGUAAAGUUAAACGUCUAUCUCUUGUGGGAGGGUAUUUAUAAGCUUUGAUGUUUUAAAUCCUAAUAGAAACAAGAUAUCUUGUUUGUAUCAAGACAAAUAUGUCCAGGGGUUUUGCAUAUAUUUUAAAUUCACAUGACACCGGACGAUGUUUGGAAACGUCUUCCCAUUUUUUCCCUGCUUCAUUUUGUUUGACACGUUUUAUUUCGUACACCAUAUAGGUAUGUGCUAGAAUUCAGUCCAUCGUGCCGUGCAGCGCAAAAUUGUGUGUCGUAUAGAUCAAUAUUAUAGCUAGCUAAGCCAGGGGGUUUGCAUUUAUUUUAGAACUCACAUGACACCGAUUAAAUUUCGGGAAUCGUAUUCCCAAUUUCGUCCAUUCACCUAGUUCAUUCCUACAGCCAUGCUCGAACUCCUACAGUUUCAUAUGUGAACACCACGAAAUUUUCCCCAUACAUAUUAUUGCCAAAGGGCAAAGGCAAAGUUGUUGUAUGUAUUUUUAGACCACUUCUCACGAGUGCGGAGGCGAAAUUCAGAACCGUUCUUCAUCCGGUUCUACUUCUUUGUGUGGCUGUGUUCGUUUCAUGUGAAUGCAAGCCAGUUGGGAAAAUCUAGGUGCAAGUUUGAAUGGACGAUUCUGAAAUUCUCCAGACCGUAUGAAGAGCAGUUUAUAAUGUAUUCAUGUCUAUGUUUUGUUUGACAUUGGCAGGAGUUAUGCGUCAUUGUGACUUAUUUGCUCAUAUUGUUUUGUCCAAUUUCCUUAACUCAACGUACAGCGUUUGAUAUUUUUAUUUUGGCCACUAUCAUAGCAAAUUGUGUUGUGUUGGCGUUAGACGCUCCGUUACCGAGUAAUGAUAAGAGUGCAAUAAGUGAUGAACUGGUUAGUAUGCUGUAUAGAAAUGCAGUGAUGCUUGAGCAUGCAUGGGUGAUUGCGUCUGGGAUACAAGCCAAAGGUCACAGAGUGCUAACGUGUAAUGUGUGUGAAUGGCUAGCGGGACUUUUGAAUAAAGACUCUUCAAAGUUUCGCGGCCCUUCUGCAGGACGGCGGGAGGUCUAGGCUGCUUCUAAGAGUCUUUACUUGAAACGUUGGAUCUUUUUCAAGAAGUUCAGAGACAAACCACAGCAGCAUUGUCAUAGAAUACUGGCUGCACAGCUCCUAGAUCCCCUCGUUUGAAAUUUCAGGCACUGCGAGUCAACUAUUGAAUGGCGUAAUAUGACUCAAAUUAAAUGGUUCUUUUCUCCACAGAAAGAGAGCAUAAGUUCAAUUAGAAGGACACAAGUUCAAUUAGAAUCGUUAGAUAUAAGAGAAAACAUUUUAGUCCAUUUGCGGCAACUUUGCAAUUUAUUUACAAGUGUUUGGCAAACCGCGUUUCAAUUCAUAAUGACAAAGUCUGCCAAGUAUAUUAUGGAUGUGCUCAAGUAUCCGACACGAACACUCCCCUAGAGCUGUACGCAUUAUUCCCUUAUAAAGAGCAGAGUUUUCUAGGAGAUACAGCUAUGUGAAGAAUACAAACUACCAGAAAAAAUAUGAGCACGAUCGUAUCAGUUUUCAGGCCUUUUAAAAAAAGCCUAGUGGUUUCUAGUAGGCUCCUAGCCCUUUUUGUAAAUAAUAUUACAUGUUGUUAUUGUUCUUUUCAUUGUAAUAUAUUGGACGAAUCUUAAAUAAAAAAAUAAUUGUACGUUAAAAAAGUCCACUCUCACUUAUCGUUGCCUGCUUGGUUUACUGCAUUACCAUCUACUUGAAUGGAUUACUUAAACGCGGCUACAACACGUGUAAAAUACAAGCUCGUUCUUAACAUUUGUACGUUGUAUUUUAGGAGAAAUCAGAGAUAUUCUUUUUGGUCAUUUUCACAAUCGAAGCAAUUUUGAAAAUUGUCGCUCUUGGGUUCGUGUUGCACCCUGGGUCGUAUCUACGUAAUGGCUGGAACAUAUUGGACUUUAUUGUCGUAAUAACUGGGUAAGCGUGUAAUAUAAACCAUGUCACAUGUGUAUAUGGUUUGUUUGAAAUUAGCUCAAAAACAUGAAAACAUUUUGAUGUUUGGAGCCCUUCCUGCUACUCCCCCCUCAACAUUCUAACAAACGGUCGUCGUUCGAAUCGUUGAAUUAUUUCUUCAGGAAGUUCACGAAGAACACGAAGUUCUCAGUCUGUAGCUUUUAUAAUAUCCAAUAUGCAGAUAAAAACCACUUGGUCUUAGUUUUGUAAUCCGUUAGCUUACAUUAUAUAUUUUAAUGACGUUCUUCUCGCACCAAGAAAACAAGUUUUUGAAUUUGAAUUUUUGAAUUGAAUUUCUGUAUGUGAUGAGAUUUAUUAGUAUAGAUAACAUUAAGGCUUUCAAGUUGUAUCCCCUGAAUGUUCUCUAAGUAAAAAGAUUGAUUGCUAAGCCAAACUAACCGCGUUUUAAUCGUGCUUAUGCAUGCACUAAUGAAAAAGCACACAACUGACAUUGUUUACAGUAAAAGAGCGGCUGUGUUUCAAUAUUGUCGACGUGGAGGCAAGCUCCCGCUGUGCUUGUGGUUGCAAAAUAUAUUAUAAUCCGCAAGUUGGACGCUUCAGUUUGAGCACAAUAAUACCUUGGCAAUAUUUAAUCUGGUUAUGUGGGCGCUGCAGGGUCUUAAUCACUUCAAAUUUACAGUUUUACCUAAGAAACUAUGGACUACCGUUUUAAACAAGAACAGAAAUGUGAUAAAAACAGAAUAAAACUGUUUUUGAGACGACAGCGACUGUUUUUUUUUUACAUCAUUACAUUUCACACACGAAAACACGAAUAUAUAGAUAGCUCUUUGACCCUAUGACAACCCUAUUCAAGUAUUGUUGACAGAACAUGAAACAACACGACUCUUUUCGUCAUGCACAUAUCUGUCGUCUGUACUACUAUACAACAUUACUAAAUAACGGAUAAUACUUUUACGCUAAUAAAGUUUUCAAAAAAAUUGCGGUUUUUCUCAACUCGCCGACCUUCCCGAAUAUAAAACUAACUUGACAAUGCCUAAGUUAAACAUUCGUAAUUUUAUAUACAAUAAUCUGUAAACACAGGGCUUGUCUGUGCUGUUUAAGUACACACAAGAACUGAUCAUGCGCGAUAGCACUGAACUUAAUUAUGAUCUCUGGAGUGAAAACUAAAAGACCGUGGCCUUUCAAGCUAAAAUUGUAUGUACGUAAACAGACUAUAUGAUAUACGCGGCAAUCCACUGGCCACCCUGGUCUUGUUAAUAUAAAUGGAGUGACCUGUUUCUUUCUAGGUAUAUAAGUUUGAGGCAGUUUGGGAAUGAUAGUUUUGGUGAUGUCAAGCCGUUACGAGCCGUUCGUGUCCUGCGGCCGCUCAAAUUGGUCUCCGGUACUCCAAGUAAGCACAAAUAUAAUGAACAAUGACCUAGCAAAACAACUGUCAUGCCGCAAAGCAAACAACUUUAGAAAUUUGAAGUUCAUGCCUGUGCACAUCCGUGAAGGAUUUACGCAAGUUCAACUUAAAUUUCCUGAGUACAUACAACCAUUGUAAACAUUGAUAAAACAACAAUACCUUAACAUCCACGUGCUUGCCAACUGUCAACUCUGAAUAUCAUUUCCGAUUUUUAAUUCCAAUUCGUGUAGUAAUUUCUAUAAUUUCUUCUUUGUAAUGAAAUCUUAAAUAUAAGAAAUUGGAAUUCUAAGAUAGUUUUAUACCGAGAGUUUUAUAUCCCAUCACUUUAAGGUAAUCCAUUCAAAAACAUGUACUACCUCUCCAUGAUCUAACCAUGCUUAAUUCAGCAGUGAGUUCUGUACAACAUCAGAUCACUUUAAGGUAGCCCACAUUCAAGAACAUGUACUACCUCUGCAUGAUCUGACCAUGCUUAACUCAGUAGUGAGUUCUGUAACAUCAGAUCACUGUAAGGUAGCCCACAUUCAAGAACAUCUACUACCUCUGCAUGAUCUAACCAUGCGCACUUAACUCAGAGAGAUUUAACUAUACCCAUAUGAGUUCUGCACAACAUCACAUCACUUUACAGUCUUUGUAAGAUCUAACUAUUCAACAUCAGGUCACUUUAAUGUAGCGUACAUUAAAAAAGCAUAUCCUGUACACAGACGGUAUGUUCUAGUUGUAUAAGUAUCUCGCUAACGACUGUUUGUAUUUCGCAAGGUUUACAAGUUGUAAUGAAAUCAAUAAUGCGUGCGAUGGUUCCUCUUCUUCAAGUUCUUAUCCUAACAAUGUUUGUCAUUGUGAUCUACGCCACAGUGGGUCUGUCAUUUCUUGUUGAUAAAUUUCAUGCAACAUGUUACAACAAUAUUACAGGUGAGAUUCGGGCUAGGGGGCGAGGAAAGGGCAAGGGAGAAUAGAUAUAUGAAAGAGGGGGGCGAAAGGAGGAGCGGAAGACAAGAAAGCGUGAAGGGUGAGCAAGAAGGUGGGGCAAGGAGGAAGAGUAGAGGGGCAAGGGAAAGAGUAAGUCAAUACAUUUUAUAGAAUUUUAAGAACGGUGAAGCAUGAAAUUCACUUGGGACACGCUGAGAGGAAGCAACUGCUGUUAUUGUGAUUUAGCUACUAAGUUACUGUCGUUUCUCGUGAAUAAAUUUCAUGGAAUUUUAAGAACGAUACAGGCGAGAGUCGGUUCUCUGACGGGCGAUAGGAGUGGGGUGAAGGGAUAGAGGAAGCGAGUGAAGGGGUGGUCAAAGGGAAAGGGGGAGGCUUGUGACUGAGGUGAAAUUAUAAUCAGACAACUGCAUAUUGUAGGUAUUAAACAUCAGACGAAUGCACUAACCAUUGUAGCACUGGCCCACGUUAUUUUCCUCUCUGUUUAGAUGAAAUAGUCCCUGUGGGUGAGACAGUGCAACCUUGCGACUACAAGUCAAACGGAAUGUUCACAGGACGGCAAUGCAACUCAUCAAAUAAUGAGAUAUGCAGGCAAGUUUGGGCAGGACCGAAUGGAGGAAUCAGCACGUUCGAUAACAUUUUGUUGGCUAUACUUACUGUAUCACAAUGUAUUACAAUGGAAGGAUGGACGGAUGUAAUGUACUCGGUAUGUUCAACUAAACUAACUUUAUUUAUACUGUAUAGUACUAUUGUCUAUCCCUAUAGAGGUGCAGUAAGGAUCAUCUCUUACUGAUCCAGUUUUACUACAGGAGAAAACCUAAACUAAACUAACUUUAUUUAUACUGGAUAGCUCUAUCAGUUCUAAACUGUUCUUCCUAGAUGUCCAGUAAGGAUCAUCUCUUAUUGAUCCAGUGUUACAACCGGAGGAAACCUAAACUAGAAGUAAAUUUAUUUAUACUGGAUAGCUCUAUCAGUUCUAAACUGUUCUUCCUUUCUUUGUGUUAUAGACAUUUUACGCUACUGAUAGCGAGAGUUAUUUUUAUACCAUUUAUUAUGUUUCGCUUAUUUUAAUUGGAUCGUUCUUUAUGUUAAACCUGGUGCUUGGUGUUUUGAGUGGGUAAGAACUAUAAUUCACUUUAUUUACGACUUCUGUAAACAUGUAAUAGACCCUUUACAUAAUGUCCCAAAUGUAUCACAACAUUGAGUAACUGGAUGACAUGGAGAACAGUGGGAUUUUCAAACAAUGAAAAGACAAUGAAACAUUCUGAUCACUGGAUCAUGACUUGAUGACAUCAUAGCUAUGAUAGCCAUAUGUAUAAAAAGGCUCAUUCUAUAUGCAGAAUCCUAAAUAGCUGAUAUUUAUUGCAGAGAGUUUGCAAAAGAAAGAGAAAGAGUCGAAACAAGAAGAAAUUUCUUCAAGUUAAGAAGAGAACAAAAAGUUGAUCGUGAGGUUGAGCAAUACUUGGAGUGGAUAUCUAGGGCUGGUAAAUAUGAAAGUGUUUCUUAUAUAAAAUAUCGUUGGGCCAGUUGCAUAAAACUCUUAACUACAUUUUAACCACUAUUUUUAUUAACUUUCGCACUAACUGUAGUUUAACUACCUUUUUAUACAACCGGGCCCUGGUGAUUAAAUUGUUCGAACAGCCGAGUGGAAAUUGGCGUUAGGCAUUAUAUUUAACAGUUUUUACCUUAUGUUUUUUCUUAUUAUAUUUUUAUGAUAUUUCUUUCUAGAGGAAAUAAUCGUGGAAGAUCUGGUUACUCGACAAAACGAAGGUGAAACGGAUUCCAACCAAAACAGACCAAUUCCUCCAGAUUUUGUUUUUAAUCCAAUCAGUAUCUUAGCGGUAGACGGUGGUCAAGUACCAAGACUCAAUCUUGCUGAGAGGUAAAGAUCAUUACUUGCAGAUUAUUUUAAGUCUGUUAUUUAGGUAUGCAAACCUGUAGUAACACUGGAUCAAUAAGAGAUGAUCCUUACUAGACAUCUAGGGAGAACAGUUUAGAACUGAUAGAGCUAUCCAGUAUAAACAAAGUUUGUUUAGUUUCGGUUUCCUCCUGUAGUAACACUGAAUCAAUAAGAGAUGAUCCUUACUGGAUCUCUAGGAAGAACAGUAUAGAACUGAUGCAGCUAUCCAGUAUAAAUAAAGUUAGUUUAGUUUAGGUCUCCUCCUGUAGUAACACUGGACCAAUUAGAGAUGAUCCUUAUUGGACCUCUAGGGAAAACAGUUUAGAACUGAUAGAGCUAUCCAGUAUAAAUAAAGUUAGUUUUAUGGAAAAUCCAAGUUCAAUAUUUGUCAUUUUUAGGCACAAGCGUUUUCCAAGGUUUCGUUUAAAGGAAAGAUUAAUGCGAAUUCGUGUCCGUCGGCUGGUGAAACACGAGGGUUUCUUCUGGGCAGUUGUGAUUAUUGUGUUGUUAAAUACCAUUAGCUUGGCAACUGAGCAUUAUAAUCAGCAGGAAUGGAUGACUGAAUUUCAAGGUUGGUUUCUUAUGAUUCCUUGCUUGAUUCGGAGAGGGGGGGUGAAUACCAACCUAAUAUAAACUGCCUAAAAUAAGCAUGUUUUGUGAUUGGCUUGUUUAAACAAAAGUGGAUCAAGUGUUCUCGACUCGUUGGUUAGAAACUUUAUUCUUUAGUCUUAUUGUGUUUCCUUUUGUUUCUUGUGGAAAUUCACUUCACAAAGUUUUCGUUCCGUUAGCGCGAUAUCUGCGUCAAGCGUAUGUUUCAUGUUCUUUGUUUCACGUUCAUUUGUUUUAGAUAAAGCCGAGAUCAUGUUUCUGUCGAUUUUUGUGAUGGAAAUGUUGCUAAAGAUUUAUGGUUUGGGUCCAUCGACCUAUUUCAGAUCGACAUUCAAUACUUUUGAUUUUGUGGUAAGUGAUUGCCUUGGGCUAGAUAAGAAAUACAGUCCAUGAUUAUCGGCAUCUCAAGUUAUCAGAUGCGUUGAAAUUCAAUAGAGAAAACGAGAGACACGACUGUAUUACCGAUAUGUUCCGUACAACACUUUAAUGUUGCUCACAUUCAGAAACAUGCACUACCUCUGUAUUAUCUAACCAUUCUUAACUCAGCAGUGAGUUCUGUACAACAUCAGAACACUAGCUGUAAUGUAGCCCAUAUUCAAGAACAUGUACUACCUCUGUAUGAUCUAACUAUGCUUAACGCAGCAAUGAGUUCUGUACAACAUCAGAUCACUUUAAGCUAACACCAUAUCUUAUAGAUUUAAUGAUAAACUUGUAUUUUUUAGGUGAUAAUAUUUGGUUUAUUCGAGUUAAUCAUUCAGAAGCCGCUGGGCAUCAGUGUUCUACGUUGCUUACGUUUGUUGCGAAUAUUUAAGAUGACGUCAUAUUGGUCCUCGUUACGUAAUCUCGUGCGAUCACUGGUCAGCAGUAUCAAGUCGAUACUUAGUUUACUAUUUUUAUUGUUUCUCUUUGUCGUCAUCUUUGCCUUGUUGGGAAUGCAAUUCUUCGGAGGAAAGUGAGUGAAGGCUGACUAAGGUCACUGCAUAGUUUAAACUUUUACAGCGGCGGGGGCAAAACCAAGGCUAGGUCCCAGAGUGGGCUCCCCAGCGUAAGAUUUAGGUCACUCAGGGUGAAGUUAUGGCCCAGUUUGAGCCACUGAAUAGUGGAAUCUGCAGAACCAAAUGGGCCCUCCAGUAUAUAUGCUAAAAUUAGCCUUGGUUAAGGAUCCUCUUUUGUUGUACUUAGAGAAAACCUGUCAAACUGGAUACACUCUUCUCACACGUGACUGAGGUGAAAUUAUAAUGAACUGCAUAUUGCAGGAAUGAAACCUCAGUCACUGAGAUGAAAGACACCAAAAAUUGUCAUACACAUCCUCAUGCAUGGCCUGCAUAUUUCUAUGUGCUCUGAAGAACACAUUUUUCAUAUUUUCAAGGUUUGUUUCCGACACAGAGCAACCAAGAACAAAUUUUGACGAUUUUCCUAACGCCAUGUUGGCCGUCUUUCAGGUAAAUUCAUUCCGAAUUCGCAUCGAAUUUCUUCAGUUUUAAACACCAGUUCCUUUGAGAAAUUAUAUCAUCUACUCAAAGUGGUUUAUUAUAAUGAUUUUAAAAUAUCCCGAAGUUGGUUAAAACCUUGUUUUUCAACACAUCUUACUGCGUUUUAAAUAACUGUGAUAAACUGCUUAUUCUUCGUAGAUUUUAACGGGGGAGGACUGGAACUCAGUUAUGUACCACGGUAUAGAUGCGUAUGGCGGCGCAAAGGACCCCAAGGGACUGGCGUGUGGUUUAUAUUUUGUUCUCUUGGUCAUCAUUGGCAACUGUAUCCUUUGUUAGCUAUUCUAUUCUUCAGAGUGCUGUUGUCACAGUGGUGUCUUUCAUCUCUGUGACUGGGGUUCGUUUUCUGCAUCCAGUUUGACUUUAUCAAAUUCUUCAAAUACUCGUGUUUCUUGUUGUAGUAACACUGGAUCAAUAAGGAGAACAAACACUGGACUUCUAGGAAGAGCAAUUUAGAAUGGAGCUAUCCACUUUAGAAUAUUGCCUCCCAAUUAACUAAUUUUAUAAUAAGCAAGUUAAUGUCCUAGUUUACAUCGAAGAAAUCGAGAUUGUUUUUCUUAACUCCGCGAACCACAGACACUCUGCUGAAUGUGUUCUUAGCCAUAGCAGUCGACAAUCUUGCGAAUGCGCAUGUGCUGACGGAGGACGAGGAGAACGAGAGACUGAAACGAGAAGCUAGGAAUGAGCAGUUGGAGGGGAGUGAACGUAAAACAUCUCACUGGCAAGAAAUUGGUAAUAUGACAAAGACGUUGGCGUUGGUGAAGUCGUGGACGUCUGACCCUCCGACUGAGGAGACCCAUUGUGAUGCAAACGGUGAAGAUGGCGUUGAUGGGUAAUAAAAUAUUACAUUUUAUAAUAUAGCAUUUGUAAAUUCUGAACGCUGAUUGGCUAAGAGCCGUGUUGAUAUAACUCAAUGUCAACACGGAAACAUCGGAAAAUUUCAUUCUUUAUAUUUCUUUGUGCUAUAUUAUAAAACAAAUAUAAAACUUUUUCCGUGUUGAUAUAUACAGUUACAUCAACACGAGUGGAAAUCGAAAUUGUGUGAAAACACUCCGCCCUUCGGGCGUCGUGUUUCCACACAAUUUCUCGUUUUCCCAAUUUCCACUCGUGUUGAUAUAACUGUAUAUCAACACGGAAAAUGUUUUAUAUGUGUUAAAUAUCAACACUCAACGUGGAAAUUGGGAAAACUCGAACAACUGCUCCUGGCCAUCUAAAUAAAUGUAGAAAAACUCUAAAUUCCCGUCUACAAAAUCCUUCGACAUUAGUUGAAUCGAAUGAGAUGCCCCAAAAUUCUGAUGUAUUUGUUCACUUUCACACAGGUCUUCUACAUCAAAUGGACGAACGAAGAAAGAGUUAACGAAGGUCAGAUCAGUGAACUCUCUAUAUAUCUGGAGUGAGAACUUCAGUCAUUCGGUCAAUGAGAAAAGUGAAGCUAAAAUUCAGGUUUUUCUAACGGACCAUAACGCUAAUCAAGUUUUCAGUUUAUAAAAUCACAAUAUUAGUCUUUAAAUCGAAGUCAAAAUGCGAAAUUUCGGCACACUCCUCGCCAAGAUCGCGAUCUUGCAUUGAAGAAUGAAGAGCUAUAGGCGUCAGCUUGGCUGUUAACACGAAACUGGCUUCACUUUUUGCACUCGAGUUCUUAAUUUUGCACUCGAGCUCACUGGGUUACAUUUUUUACUCACAUUACAUAUAUAAAAUUCCUUUGAGAGGGCAGAGUAUUUAGAGGAAGUGGUUUAAUAAACAUCUCUUACGUUACUGUAGAAUUUGAUGAAGAAUAUCAAUAAAUAUCGGAAAGCGAUCGGAGACGAUCAAGAUGUAGAAGCUCAGCAGCCAGACCCCCAUCAGUCACAUCGAGAAGGUACAGAUAAACGAAUAUUUUCUUGUUUCAUCACAUGACCACCGUUCUAUGGGAAAAGUGAAGCCAAGAUGGUGGUUAACACUAUUUUCCAUCCAGCAAAUCGCCCUAUCAAUUUUCUAAAGUCUUUCUUUUUGGAUUUUUUCAUUAAUUCGGUUAGGGUUAGGGUUAGGGUUAGGGUUAGGGUUAGGGUUAGGGUUAGGGUUGCGGUAAGGGUUAGGGGUUAGAGUAGGGGUAGGGUUUGGGUUUAGGUUAGUUACAUAGGCAAUUAACACCUCUUCUAUCUUCCGAAAAUGACGUCAGGUCAGUUUGCUGGAUGGAAAAUAGUGGACAUUGACGUCCAAUAGCUCUGAAGCUCGUAAACAGUUAACAUUUCCCCCAGCUGAUUCCAGUUUUUCCAAGUUAAGUUGAUGUCUAUUGCAAACCUUUGUUGUGCAGUCACCUUAGUUGUUUUGUAGUUUGAAAACCCCCCAGAAUUUCAACAAAAUUAUUUUGAGAUAUUCAUUUUUUUGAAUAAAAAUUUGCUGCCCAGUUAAAAGAAAAAUUGGGUUAUCGUUCCAUGUUUCGCGCACCAAUAUAGGUUAGGGUUAGGGAGAUUGGAGACGUUUUAAUGGCUGCGAUUACUCGAGAUUUAGUUCGUUCAAUGAAUGAAAAAGCGGCCCAAAAUCCUUUUUUUCUUCUUGCUUCUCAUUACGCUUUUCAAUUUCUGUUCAUCCGUCGUUGCCGUCCAGGAGCAACUCGCAGACGUUCAGAAGGACAGACAGUUACGCGAGCAUUGAAAGGGAGAAAAUCAAAAGUCCGUAAACUGAAAAAGAAAGUUCCUAUCAUUCGAGUUAAGUCGCUGUUUUUAUUUGGCCCUGAAAACAAGUAAGUUGCUCCUAAAAUAAUCCUUGAUCCAGGCGGCGAGGCUAGCCAUGGCAAGUCGUCAUAAACCUGCAUCUACACUGUAGACCUGCAGGACCCCACUGAAAAACACUUCGGUGAUGUGGGUAUCCUGGAUGAAUAUAAUAAUAAUAAUCUAAAUAGGUCAAAGACAAUACAUUUGCACAGCAUGACCUGUUACUAUGGCUAGCUCGCCACUGCCCUGAUCGUGUUAGACAGGUAAAUAGGUACAUAUAUUCACUACGCCUUGUAUCUUAAUGUACUUUUAAUGUCCUCUCAUAGAUUCCGACGAGUCUGUCACUAUAUUGUUAACCUGCGUCAUUUUGAUAACUUUAUGCUGGUCGUGAUUAUAUGCAGUAGUAUAUUACUCGCAGUGGAGGACCCGGUCGAUGAAUACUCGGAAAGAAAUAAGGUAGACGAGUUGUAUACAUUUCAAUUUGAUUAAAGUGCAUAUGACAUGAAAUUUCUUAUUUUCUUAAAUGAAAGAACUCUUUAAGCUGUAGUGUAACUUAUUUUUCAGUUUCUUGUUUUUGUGGUUUGUUCCCGAGAUAUUCCAAUUUGUUUGAUAUGUAAAUCAGUGUGAAUAUGUCCGCUAAUUUAUGACGUCAUGUUGGUUGCAAGCUCUUCAAAAUAGUUGAAUAUCACUGCUAUCAUCCAAGAUGAUAAUUUCAAACUUCACUCACUGGUAAAUGUGAUGAAACACUGGAGAAAAACUCGAACAGAUAUCUACAGUUUUUAGAGUUAAUACAUUUAUAACCAGUGUAAGUUGAGCUUGCAACCAACGUGACGUCAUAAAUUAGCGGACAUAUUCACACUCAUUUACAUACCAAACAAAUUGAAAUAUCUCGGGAACAAACCAUAAAAACAAGAAACUGAAAAAUAAGUUACACUACAGAUUAAAGAGUUCUUUCGUUUAAGAAAAUAAGAAAUUUCAUGUCACAUGCACUUUAAACAGGUUUCAGCAAGUGUUCUAGGGCAACAGAUGGUUAACUUCAGAAAUGUUCACACUGACAGAAGAAGAAAAUUAAAUUGGUCUUAUUUUGUUUAUAGGUUAUUCGCUAUUUCGACUACAUUUUUACGUCCAUCUUCGCAUUUGAAGUUUUUGUUAAGGUGAGAAUUGCAUUAGUAUUGGCAAAUUUGGAGAACAAAGGUCACAGUUAGGUUUAACGCAUUGACAUGAUAUGUUUCUUGUGUAUAAAGUUGAUCGACUUAGGGGCUGUGCUCCACCCUGGAUCGUACUUCAGGAGUAAAUGGAAUUUCAUCGACGCUUUGGUUGUUUGUUGCAAUAUUGCGUCACUUGUAUUAAGGUGAGAUAAGUAGUUUUCAUAUCAUUGAAUAAUGGAACUCCUUGUAAAGUGAUCUGAUGUUGUUUAUGCUAUACUCGUGUAUUGCCUCAAACUAACCGCUACUAAACCACAGACCUAACGGCAAGAAACCCCAAUUAAACCGAAGCCUUUAAACGCAAUGAAACCGCAACCGAACGUAGCCGCAGUCAAACCGCAGCAAAACAACAAUCUAACCGCGGCAAACCAACAAUCAAACCGCGGCUAUGACGCAAGCGCACGGCAUGGCAUGACAUUUGGCUGGCGCGUUUGCAUUGAUUAUCUUUUUCAAUUUGUUUUAUUUUAGUCAGACACAAAGCAAUGUUUCUGGUCAGUAUUUUGUGAAAGUUUUACGAGUGUUGAGAGUGUUCAGACCUUUGAAGAUGAUGAACAAAUUAAAGAAACUGGAGGUAAUUUUUACUUACCAAAUAUUCAACUUUUGCAAGACUUGGAGAGAUUUCGCUUUUCAUUUAGCCACAACCGAUAAUUAGUAGGGUGUCCGUUUCGAAGAUAGUCCUAUAUAUAGGUAAAAACAAGAAUCUUAACCACGAGGAAUUAGAUAUUUGAUUAUUUAUAAGAAAUUGUUAAUGUAUUACUAAUACUGUAAGCUGUGAAUAUGAUUAACCAUUUAGUUGUAAUGCGCCCUACUUUAUUAUUUUACUCUGUCUAACGUCAGACGAUUUUACUCAUCAAGGGGAGGGUGCGGGAUGGUAUCUCGACACAGCGAGGGACCGAGUAGAUACAAUUUUGCUUGAAUAGGUAUGCAUAAAUGUGCCCGUUGCUACUCAAUUCACAUUUUCAGAUAACUCACAAACCUAGUUACUACUGUUCUGGUAAUGCAUAAGCAUACAGUAAGUUAUAAUGAGAGCAAAAUUACAUGUAUCGCGACGUUUUUCUAUUGUAGGCCGUGUUUCGCUGCAUGUGGUACUCGUUCAAGAAUGUUGCAAAUAUUUUGUUAAUCACCGUUCUGUUUCUAUUUAUUUUUGCCGUCAUUGGAGUGCAACUGUUUCAGGUACGCGCAUUCUAAUUACAUAUUAAUUAAUUAAUUAAUUAAUUAAUUAAACUAAUUUUAGAAUUAUCUGGAAUCAAAGAAUAUACUUAUUGAAAUUAUUUAUAUGAAAAUAUAAUUGUUCUUGUAGGGAAAGUUUUUUUACUGUACUGAUCCAUCAAAAAUGUUUGAAGACGAGUGCAAGUAAGGUUUCCAUGAAAUGAUUUAGCUCUAUUAUUUUUAUAUUCUCUACGAAUUGAAAUUUAAUCUUGAUUUAUGGUGUUCAUGGGGGAUUGUUGUUGUUUUAGGGGGCAAUAUUUUGAGUAUAAUCAAGGAGCAGACAACAUUGAUUUAACAAAUCAGGUUUGUACAUGAUUAAACCAUAGAUCGACAAUGAAUGAACUAUUCCAUGAUGAGUGUGUCCACAUCCAGCAAGCAAUUUUUGAAAAUUCCUUUACAUGGAGCGAAUUGUGGGGAAAAUUUUUUUUUAUUUUAGGUUAAAGUUAAAGAACGAUUGUGGAAACUGCGUGAUUUUCAUUUCAAUAAUGUCUUCCAUGCUAUGCUCACAUUAUACACGUCAGCUACGGGAGAAGGCUGGCCAAGGUUGGUAUAGGGUAAUAACAUGUUGUCAUUGGAGCUCUAAUAUUCCAAUAGAGCCCCAUAUAGAGCAUUUGCACAUGACGUCACAGCCGGCAUGUUGGUGUUCUAAUUCAAAAGAAUUUAAAUUAGAAUCUUUUGUCUGGAACACCAACAUGGCCGUUCAAACGUUCUAUACUUUAUUGUUGAAGUGCAUAUAUGAGACUACAGCAAGAAAGAUAGUGUCAGCUCAUUGAUGUGAAAUUAUUUUUCAUUCCUAGCGCCAUGCAACACACCAUGGAUGUAACAGCAUUAAAUCAAGGACCAAUCCGUAACUACAGCGUGGAGAAUGCGUUAUUUUAUAUUUCGUUUGUUGUCGUGUUUUCGUUUUUCUUUCUAAAUAUUUUUGUCGCUCUUGUCAUUCUCACCUUUCAAGAACAGGGCGAGAAAGAACUGGUGAACAGCGAGCUCGAUCGAAAUCAGGUAAUUGAGAAUUAGAACUUAAUUAAGAUGAUUGAGAAUUAGAACUUAAUUAAGGUUAUUAAUAAUUAGAACUUAAUCAAGUAAUCGAUAAUUAAGACUUAAUUACUUACUAAUUGUAUAUAUGGUUUAUAACUGUAUGGCUUAAUUGUGCGAAGAAUUUGAUAAGUAUUAAAAUAGAAGUAAAGAUAGAGAGAGCUAAUCAUCUGUCCUUGUGCAUUAGCUGAUUGCUAAAUUGGAAGUGGUGCAACUCAAACGCGACAAAAUCGAACUAGGGCGUCUCUGGCUGCCAUUAUGCGAUCCAUGUCAGAUCACAGAAAGUAGAAGGGUUAGUUUUUGGUGAAGGAGGAAAACUAGAGGACCCGAAGCCUCGAAGCACAUUAGAGAACCAACCACAAACUCUACUAGUCCUAGCUUAAACGAGUUUUCAAGUACAUCAAAUCAGAGCAGGGUAAUUUCUCAUCACAUCACCAUACCCUGUCUUCGACCUACAAUAGCAGCUCAGAGUGAGGAAGAGCGCGCUAACCUCCUUUGCCACAUGUGUUUCCCUUAGCUUGGGUAAGAUCAAUUCCUAAUGUGUAACUAUUACGUCUUUUUAGAGAGAUUGUAUCAGUUUCGUCAUUCGAGCUAAACCUUCAGAGACGUUUAUGCCAGCGGACAAGAAGACAUGGUCCUAUAAAGUUUGGUUGGUGGUCGUCUCGAAACCGUUUGAAUUAUUUAUUAUGGCUCUCAUUAUACUCAAUACCAUUGUUUUGAUGAUGGAGGUGGGUUCAAAUGACGUCAUUUUCAAUUCUGAAAAAUGACGUAAUCAGUACUAAACAAUUUGUUAAAUAUUCUUACAGUAUUAUGAUCAACCUGACGAUUACAUGAACAUGUGUAAUUACUUCAACGCUGCCUUGACUUUCUUGUUUACCAUGGAGGCUGCCUUGAAAUUGUUUGCAUUUAAACUGGUAUGCUACUUUCAUCCAAAUAGACCUUACCGAUUAUUCACUUUUCACUCAGUGACCUCGUUUUCAUGUUAAGUACUUAUACUCAUGUUUUGUGCUUAGUACAGUUAAAAGUUACUUUGUUAUUGAGCCUAAGAACAGCAAGAAACAAUUCGUCCAGGAAAACAUGGGAAUAUAAUCUUUAUCUGCCCCUGACAUGCUAAAAUAAGUUAACAUGGAAACGAGGCCAUUGAGUAAAAGAGAAUAAUCGGUAAAGUCUAUUGUAACGAAAACAUAAUAUCAGUGCAAAAUAUAUUUGAAGUAGUCCCCUUUACAUAGCUUACUCAUAGAAAAGAACUUUUACUGCCACUAGAUCUGUAGUAAGGGAGAACAGUUAGAACUGACAAUUUAUUGCUACGUAAAUUUGUGAAACCUUAGGCUAAGAUGCUGAUGUUCUUUUUUUAUUUUUAGAGCUACUUCCGAGAUAGUUGGAAUGUUUUUGACUUCAUAGUUGUCGUUGGCAGUAUACUGGAUACAAGCUUGACAUUCGGGGUAUGUAUUAGGAGGUAGAGGAGACACAAAAUACUUUCUAUUUCUAAUAUUUUGAUCAUUGUGUUUCAGAAAACCUACGAUCUGCCUUUCGACCCCAGUAUGUUCAGAUUAUUCCGGGCUGCGCGGCUUAUCAAGAUCCUGAAACAAGGCGCUGGGAUCCGUGUUUUACUAUGGACCUUUCUACAGUCAUUUAAGGUAAGAGAAAUAUGUCCUGAGUGAUUUUAAACGUAUUUUAUCAUAUAUAAUAAAUGAGCUCGAAUGUAUAAUGCCAUACGGUAUACACAUUAUUUCUUUGUGUUUUUCUAAUGAAUUAUUAAUGAAUUUGAUGGGCGUAUGGGAUUUCAGUGGCGCAGUCAUCAGCAAGCGCCUCUCACCUCUGAGAUUGUGGGUUUGAUUCUCGCUAUGGACUCAUGUGAAAAGAGUCAGUCAACGCUCUGCCGAAAGUCGUGGGUUUUGUUCGGGUGCUCCGGUUUCCUCCCACAGGGAAAGUUGACAGGGUGGGUUAGGAUAAACACAGUUAGAAAAUAAUUUCACAAAUAUUUGUAUAUAGUAAAGAUAAAAUAGUCUACACGGCAAAAAAACGAUCAAGUUGUUGCAUUAUUGAUGAAAACAGGAUUGAACAAUGCUUUGCUGCCCACAUUGUUCACAGUUGUCAACAAUAUUGAACAAUAUUGUUACCCCCGAUUCAGACUCAACAAUAUUGUUCAAUAUUGUUGACAAUGUGAACAACGUGGGCAGCAAAACAUUGUUCAAUCCUGUUGAGCAGCGGGCUCGGUGUUUUUUGCCGUGUAGGCUUGAUGUAAGCGCAUUUGAUCUACAUGGAAAUUUGCUCUAUAGAAUUGCAAAUCGCGUAGUCGUCGAGCAUGCCGAAUGACUGUUAAGCAAAUAUGUUUUGUAAUCUAUUUUAUUCUCUUCUCAGGCUCUGCCGUAUGUCACUCUACUUAUAUUUCUCGUUUUCUUCAUCUACGCUGUUAUCGGAAUGCAGGUUGGUAGACCGGCUAGCCUGCAAGCGGGCUGAGAUGCGAUGUUUUGCAAUAAACGAUGUUUAUUCUUGUCUUUUUAGAUAUUUGGCAAAAUCAAACUGGAUGACAGCACACAGAUUAACAAAUAUAACAACUUUCAAGAUAUUGCCAGAUCUUUACUCCUGCUCUUCAGGCAAGUGCUGGACCUCUUAGAUAGAGAACAGCUUGUAGAAAUAACUUAUAGAACUAUCCAGUAUAAAUUAAGUUAGUUUUGCUUGAAAAGCUUACUGCGCUAUUGAAGGCUGGUUUUAUCAAAGUCUCUGUGAUCACAGUAGGAAUUUUGCAUAGGUAAGUUCUAAGUUUUGAAGGAUUUGCAAGGGUGGGUUGAUUACAAAUUUUUUGUAGUUCGCUAUAACUACAGCUACUUCAAAAAUAUGUAGUCAGCUACACCUACUGCUACUUUUGAACAAAGGUAGUUCGCUACUGACUACAGCUACUGCUUAAAAAAUGUAGCGAACUAUUUCGCUAUUUCGCUAAUCUAUAUUUUUUAGUUUUACUGUAUUUGGAGCAUCUACUCUUAACUCAGGCUGUAAGGUAACCUAUAACAAAUCGACUUACGAGUAGCAACAGACAACAGUAAACACAAACCAACAUUUUUGUAAGGACUACAGUGUUCAGGAGUGCAAAUGGACAUUGAGUAUUGAUUUUAAGCAGACCGUGUCUCAAUAUCAUGCUAUUCUAUCAAGUUGCUAACAAUUUUAAAAAGUAGCGAAUAGCGAUUCGCCGUUUGAAAAGUAGCCUACUACUUGGCAACUAUUAGGCAAAAUGUAGUUCGCUAUAACUACAGCUACUGUUUUAAAAAAGUAGUCAAAAACUACUGGCUACUUGAAAAUUGUAGUUCGCUACAGUAGCGAACUACAACUACUUCGCUACUACCCACCCUUGAGGAUUUGUAAGAAAUGUUUGGGGAGCUGAUUCACUGUUUAACACGGAGACAGUUCCCUCAAACAUUUCUUACAAAUCCUUGAAUUUCCCUAUGCAAAAUUCCUACUGUGAUCACAGAAACUUUGAUAGUGUAAACCAGUCUUAAAAGAUUUAGCUCCUUUUUCAUUGAAGAAAAAUGUUUAAAAGAUGUUUCAUAUUUCUACUUCAGAUCUUCGACAGGCGAGAAUUGGCAGGAGAUAAUGUUAUCGUGUUCUGACGGCGCUAUGUGCGAUGAAAGAGCGAAUCCUCAAUCGAAAACUUGUGGUUCGACAACCUGGGCGAUUGCAUAUUUUUGUACAUUUAUAUUUCUCUGCAUGUUCUUUGUGAGUAUCUAUUCUUUCGUUCCAGCAAACGUUACAGACAAGGGGCCGGUUGUACGAAGGCCGGGUCACAGAAUAAAGACACACAGAAGGUCGACCUCUGUCUGUACUUCCUCUGUGGUCUGGGGCAGAAUAUAAUUGCGUUGUAUUUAAUCAUUUUCCUUGGUAUUUCAGAUGCUCAAUCUGUUCGUGGCCGUUAUUAUGGAUAAUUUUGAAUAUCUAACACGUGACCAAUCUAUUCUUGGCCCCCACCAUCUUGACGAGUUCGUUCAAAUUUGGUCCGCUUAUGAUCCUGCCGCCACGUGAGUAGUUUUCUUUUUUAUCCUUCAGCAAUAACUUGUGUAUUUCAGGAAUUCAACUGGACUAAACACAGGUCAGUUAAUUUAUACCUGACAGCUCUAUCAGUUCUAAAAUGUACGAAUCUUUAUUUUGCAGAGGUGAAAUUCAUUAUUCGAAAGUCUAUGAAAUGAUGACUCGUUUAUCGCCUCCCGUUGGAUUUGGUAAAAAAUGUCCGAAAAUGGUCGCUUAUAAAGUAAGGCCUGUUUUAAGAUAAGAUAAAUGUGGCUUAACUAUGUCCUAUAUUACCUAACCUUGUAUACAGCAAGUAAUUGUUUACAAAUGUAAUGCCUCUCAAGUAUUUUGUACUACAGCACAUAAAUGCCUGCUAGGAAAUCGUAGAAGUGAAGUAUAAAAUGGAGGGAGUGAUGCAAAUAUAUAUAUAUCCUUAUGAAAUCCAGUAUUUCAGGCUUUUGGUGGGAACUAGUAACCAUUAAGCAGCCUUUGUUCUCAAACAUUUUCUGACAAGUAUAGAAUGGAAGAGAGCGGCGGUUUGAGAGAGAAACAACUACCAGAACGUCGACGUUUCGAGGGAAUAUCCUUCGUCGGGAAUAAAGAAUUGAAGAUCUUUCAUGGCCACCAGCUUGGUCCCGCAUCAACCCUGCCAAGCUCUGUUUCUUCAGAACACUACCGUAGCUUCCCCAUGCAACCUCGUCGAUCGAAGGUUUCACUCUAGGACCACAGCCUCAUCCUCCUACCAGAUGAAGCUGGAUGCACCCAAAAACAACUGUCCCUCUCGCAACUGUUUCUAGUUAGGUCUAAUAAAUGUAUAAAAUCCACACUCGAAAAUCUCUUCCACAAUUAGUUCUAUCGAGCGAGAUUCCCGAAAUCAUGAUAUUCACACAUCCAUGCCUUUUAGCCGAUAUUUUAUUAUUUUCCACUUAUAAUCAUAAAUUUCUCCUAUUUCAGCGUCUCAUCAAGAUGAACAUGCCGUUGGAUGAAAACGAAACAAUCCAGUUCACGACAACAUUGUUCGCCCUCGUACGAACGUCACUGCAGAUCAGAAUGACGGGAAAUAUGAAUGCGAACGACACGAAAUUGAGAAAGAUGAUUACUCAAGAUUGGCCCAACAUUAUGCCACGAGUCCUCGAUAAAAUGAUUCCCAAACAAUCGGGUAAGAAGUGGGUAUACGUUAUUUCGCUGAUCUCGGAAUGACUAACCUGCUUGCCGCCUGGAAUUUCCAAGGGGGGAUAAUUAUCCCCCUUGGAAAUUCCAGGCGGCAAGCGGGCUACAAAAUGACAUUUCGUCAAAAAUUUUUUCUUCAAGAUUGGUUUAGAAACAAACUUGGAGUAGAGUUAGGUUACGAGUAGGGUUAGGAUUAGUGUUAGAUUACUGUUAGUAAAACUGUUGAUUGUUACGUUUUGUCACUCUGAGGCCAGCGAAAUAACCUGUUCCAAGUAGUUGGGGUGUGCUAAUGAUCCUUACUUGCAGCUGAGAGCUAAGCUGAAUUGUGAAGGACGCAGCUCAAACCUUAUCGACUUUCUAAGCUAGGUGCCUCUGGCAGCCAUCUUAUGACUUAUUUCUGAUCACUGGGCACAGCUACGGUGGAAGAGUCAGUAUAGGGGGUCAAUUCCUACCCACCCGUGGGAGAAAACCGGUGUACCUGGAGAAAACCCACGACUUUUGGUAGAACGUUCACUGACUCUUUUCACACAAGUGUCAUGAGUCCGCAGCAAGAAUCCAACCCACGUGAUCAACACUUAUUUCGAAUCAUGUUUCAGUGUUAAGUUGUCAUCAAAUGACGGUGGGCAAGAUCUACUGUGCUAAACUCAUGGUUGAAAACUACAGACAAAACAAGAGAAGAAAACAAUUUGACAUUCUGGAUGAUGAUGAAUUCAGAAGACAG